UCAUAUCUUGAAAAUUAGUACAGCGGCGAACUCCGACGGCAAAUUGACGAUUUUCCGCGUUCGACUUUUCAAAAUAUUCGAAUGGUGAGGAGAGCGUCGCGGAUGCUAUCAGAGAAGUGUGUUCGCGCUGUGUUUGGUGGUGGACUCAGUCGGCUAGAAGAGAUGUCAGCGUUAAGUGUGAGAGCGCCCGGCCUGCAGACGACCUCCGUGCUGGACACGAGGUCGUUACGGGUGCGAGGUGUCACCACGCUCGAGGGAGUGAGGAGAAACCUAUUCGGUUGCACCGAUAGAGAAGAAAAUAGAAAGUUUGUCGAACGGGAGUUGGCGAGACAGUUGGAGCUGGACAGCCAGAGAUGGGGUUUCGAUUUCGCAAACGAGCAACCUCUGCCGGGCCCUCAGAGGUUCGCGUGGUCGCUAGUGCCAGCGUCGGCGGUCCCGGCGGCCCUCAGAAGAGCACCCAUGGCCAUGGCGCCGCCUAAGCCCAGCGCACCAUCGCAAGAAUCGCCUACGAAACUAUCGAGCCCCGAGAGCGGCAAGACGCAGAAGAGAAUAACAGACUUCCUGAAGCCGCGCAAGCGAUUAUCAGCGGCCAGCAAGAAGUCGCCGCACGCGCACAAGGAGUGCGGGCACGGCGCGCACAUCCGCCCGCCCAAGGUGGCCCGCCUCAGCCAGACCCACAAGCGCCCCAGCUAGGCUUCGACACACACAACCACAACCCCAGGCUGCACCUCAAACCAGGCAGCUUUUCUAUUCCAAUCAUGUCUUUGAAGUUCAAUUCUGCGCGGCAGUCCAAGUCUAAUUUUUAUUUUUAUUUAUUGAUGUCGAUUCGCAUUGUGGAGAACAAUAUAAUAAUGUUAAGUAAUUUGUAAGAUAGUUUCAGACAUUAUGUAUAUGAUUUAACGUAGGCAACACAUUAAUAUAUACUAUGCUGUCCCUAGACACUGUCAUUUUGCAUCACAAAUAAUAUUUUGCUCAAUGCAUGCCUGUCACGGAGCGACGAUCAGCGAUGAGCUCGUUACUAAUAAUGUUACAUGUCAUGGGCAAUGUUUAUUAUGUGACAAUUUAAUUGUAAGUUUAUUAUGAUCUCUUUGACAAGUAAAUUAAGUUAUAUUAGAUUUAGCGGUAGGCUACGAUAAGGUUUUCCGGAUAACGUUAAGGUCUUGUCGUUUUGUCGUGUCACGUGUCUUAUCGAUCCCUGUAGGUCACAACAACGUAGAUUAAUGCCUUGAAAAUGCUAAGAAGCUUCGGAAGAAAUAAAAUUUCCAUCCAUUAGCCUCCGAGCAUAUUCGAUGCAUUUACAUUUCUAAAAGAUAACGUUUACUGUGUCUUUUCCUCCGCCUCUGAAAUUGUGGAAAACACGUAGGAAAUGUCCUCUUUUACAUUAAAGUGUCUCAUAGCAGCCAGCACAGUAACUAAGCAAUAGUUGAUAUAGUCGAAAUACAAAUACUCAAUGUGAAAUGAUUUUGUUACCUUACUGUAACAGAAUAAGACUUAUAUUGCCAAUUUUAAUUAUUAUUUACUGCGUUCAGCACUGUUUGAGUAUUUGUGUUUGUUGGAACGCAUUGUACUCCUAUUUUGCAUCCUUAGCGGUAUAUUUGUUUUGUUGUUGUAUUUUAAUGGAUUAUAUCUUUUAUAAUUAUAGAUAUUGAUGUUUGUUUUUUAUGAUAUUGGAUAUAAAGGUUUAGUUCCGUUUCACGCCGGCCGGCGCGUCCAUAGCCCACUGACCGCACCAGGCCGCGGCUCUUUAUCAAAGUACAAAUUAUUUCUCGUUAAUUUUAGGUCGAGGAGCCGCGGCUUUCUCUAAACUAUACAAAAGACAGACAGACGAUUGCCAUUUUAUUUCGUGUCUUAUUCGAAAUUUUACAUAAAUACUUAAGAUUCGGGAACAUCUCUAAAGGUUAUACAUAAUGUAUUAGGGAAUAGUUUUGGCGGCAUGACGGCAGCAGCCGUGCCUUCUUCACUGCAUUUUAGCCAAAGCUGUUUUUCGACACAGUCUGACUAACAUUGAAAUGAAAUUUAUAAUGAACUUUUUGAAUUAUUGACAAAGUUGAGAACACUCCUUAAAUUAUUUUUAGAAUGCUGCUCGCAAGCAUGUUUUUAAGAAGACUUCGAAAAUUAGGUGUUCGUUAACUUUAUGACUUUGUUUAUAGACUAUUUCGAUUUUGUUCUAAAAUUUAUGAAUUGUCUACGCGUGGUCCUGCGCCCAGACGUUUCUGCCAACAGCCAUGCGUAUGAACGGUCGAUGUUGGGUGUGUCGGAUUUAUCUCGGGACUAGAGCUGCUCGUACGCAUGGGUUGGAGUUAGAGAGCCUCCGUCCACAGGAUUACGCUGAAAUGUUUGCUACUUAUAGUUUUGUUGUUGGAUGUCUAUUUGGAUGUUGUUAUGUGCCAAGAAGCGCCGGACAUAGCGGCCUCCGAACGAUCCCUCGCCCUCGCGGUGCCGAUCUAUUCGCUAUCGAAUUAAUCGAGUCCUACCCCUCGAUGUCAUAAUUUUAAUUUAAUUUUCUCUUUAACACCUGUGAUGUAUUAAAUAUGAUCUCAGAACAUAAUUUUACUUUAUGCAAUUGUCAUAUUUAAUAUUUUUUGUUUAAAAUAAUGUAAGUUACUGCAGUGGAUAUAAAUCCGAUGGUAACUGCAUAAAACGUAUCCCUGGCGAGCCUUGAAAGAACUUGAGAAACAAUUUAAUACAUCAAAAUGUUUUUAUUAGAAUGUUGGAACUGGAGGGGUUACUGAGAAGAGCGGAUAUCGCUAGCGGCGUCGCCAUUGUUCAACCAGUUAAAAAAAAAACAAGCAACAACAGAAAUACCCAAAAUGUAGUGGAAUCCUGUGAAUGAACCUCAGUUCUGCUAAUAAUAUGGCGACGCCUCUAUCCGAUAUCUGUAGGUAGAAGUCAGUAGCCCGUCCGUCAGUCUGUACGAUAAUGUAAAUAUCGACUGAUGUUAACGUAAGUGUAAGGAGGGAAGAGACCGACCCGCGCACUGUACAUAUGUGCACUCACUUGUAUUUAUUGACGCGGGCUGUGUGUUUUGUAGGGGAUACACAAAAAAAUAAUUUUAUGUAUAAUACAUAAUACUGUAUCAUGAAGCUGCAGAGGCAAUAAGUGUUAGUCCGUGCCAAAUAUAGCUCAUUGUGUAAACCAGAGUUUAAUACUCCGGGAACAAUGUAAUUUACGAAAAUGGUCUUUACUAUCACGAGCCGAGCAAUAUAUGUUGUAAACAUUCGGUCAACACUAUAUAAAUAAUGUGUAAUAGUUUAUGUAUGAGCUCCAUUUUAUUAUUGUCUAAUGUAUAAUACUUAAAUUUAGUUAAAAGAAAGCUUAUUUGAUUCAGCAAA